GAGGGUAAAUAAGGUAAGGACUUCUUGUAUGUAGAUACACCAGCGACCUCAAGUCAAACAAGUUCAUAAUAAUUUCGCGGCAGCAUCGCUACGAUAAUAUUGUAUACUUCGAGCAGUAAUAUUACUAGAAAGCGGAGGGAAGCCAGGUCAUAAGCGGAGGCAAUGUCUUUUGGACAGCAUUGUUCUUCUGGCAUCUAUUUAAAGCGGUAUCAUAAACCAAUAUGUCACAUGUCAGGAAUUGGCGCGUCCCGACACAAAUCAUUACUUAUUAAUCAUUACUUAUUAUGAGUCUUAACACUCAUCUUAAUAGCAAGUACUGCGAAAUACGAAUAUUAGCCCCCAUGGCAUUGAUCUAGGGUUACUUAGUCGAAGUCCAAAGCUCACAGAGAGUAUCAUGGAUAUUGAAGCGCUGGGCCGACGCCAUCCACCCUCUUGUUAUGCUACAGUCACUAUACCGUCAGUGGAAUCCUUUACCAGUAUUAAUCCAUUAGUAAUUAUCGUUCACUGCUUUCAAAUCCAUCGGCCUGCUCCUGGCUACCCGCAGUUCUCAGUACUCAUAGGGACGCACCCAGCAUUCAGCAUUGCCCGCCGAUUCUCUACGGUUCGAGCGCGGUUACAACGGACGAAACAGAACCGCGUCUCUGAAUUGGAACUUGAGCCUCAACAGAUAGACGCUCAAGAGAAGCGACCGUUAUUUUAGGGACCUUCCAGGCUGACAAAAAUGAAGCGCGACGCGACACUUUAGAAGCGCUUGGCCGCGCACUCGCGAAGUAUGGUAAGUUGCUAGGUCCGCCGAAGAUGUUAACGGGGAUUAGGGACUUCCUACCGAAUGCCUAGCAGAUGCACUUCUAGAAAUAAACGUGAGGGUUCUUCGAUUGCCGGUAGCUUCCGAUAGGAAUAUCUCCGGUC